CGGGGGGGGGGCUAGAUAGACAAGGCUCUGCCAGCAUCACCCAGGGUCUAACGCGAAGAGCAGCAGAGCAGACAGGCCGGCUCCAGGAUGGAUUUCAGUGGGACCCUCAGCAUCCUCCUGGCAAUAUGCGUCAUGUGCUUGUUACUCCUCUCGACCCGGAAGAAGAAAACCUGGGGCAACCUGCCGCCCGGGCCCACCCCCAUCCCGUUCCUGGGGAACAUGCUGCAGGUGGAGGUGAAGGAGCUGAUAAAGUCUCUGCGGAAGCUCAGCGAAACCUACGGCCCGAUCUACACCUUUCACCUGGGCUCCCGGCCCUGCGUGGUGCUCUCUGGGUACAAGGUGCUGAAGGAAGCCCUGAUCGAUAAGGCCGAGGAGUUCAGCGGCAGGGGAGACUUCCCGGCAGUGCAGAUGUGGAGUCACGGGAACGGGAUUGUCUACGGCACCGGGGAGCGGUGGCGGCAGCUGCGCCGAUUUGCCAUCACCACCUUCAAGAACUUCGGCAUGGGGAAGCGGAGCAUGGAGGAGCGGAUCAAGGAGGAGGCCCAGUACCUGGUGUCCGAGUUCCGGAAAACAGAAGGCAAACCCUUCGACCCCACCUUCUUCCUGAGCUGCGCCGGCUCCAACAUCAUCUGCACCCUGGUCUUCGGGGAGCGUUUCGAAUACACCGACGAGAAGUUCCUCACCCUGCUCAACUUGAUCAACAGCAACUGGAAACUCAUGAGCUCCACCUGGGGACAGUUGCUGUUCACGUUCCCCAAGAUCAUGAGACACGUCCCCGGGCCCCACAGGCAAAUCUACAAGAACUACCUGAAGCUGGCCGCUUUCGUCGGCGAGCAGCUGAAGAUGCAUAAAGAGCUCCUGGAUCCCAACAACCCGCGGGAUUUCAUCGACUGCUUCCUCAUCAAAAUCCAGCAGGAAAAGCACAACCCCAACACACACUUUAACGACGAGACGAUGUCGAAAACCACCGUCAACCUGUUCUUCGCCGGGACGGAGACCGUCAGCUCCACCUUGAGAUACGGGCUCCGCAUCUUACUGCGACACCCUGAGAUAGAAGAGAAGCUGCACGAGGAGAUCGACCGGGUGAUCGGCCCCCACCGCAGCCCCUGCAUGGAGGACCGGAGCCGGAUGCCCUACACCGACGCCGUCAUUCACGAGAUCCAGCGCUUCGCGGACAUCGUCCCCAUGGGCGUGCCCCACACCGUCACCCGGGACAUUCAGUUCCGCGGCUACACGCUGCCCAAGGACUUGAACAUCAUCCCGCUGCUGUGCACGGCCCAGGCCGACCCCACCCAGUUCAAGAACCCCACCUGCUUCGACCCCUCCCACUUCCUGGACGAGAACGGGCGCUUCCGGAGAAACGACGCCUUCAUGGCCUUCUCGGCAGGGAAGCGGGUCUGCUUGGGCGAGAGCUUGGCCCUCAUGGAGCUGUUCAUCUUCCUCACCGCCAUCCUGCAGAACUUCACCCUCCGGACCCUGGUGGCGCCCGCCGAGAUCGACAUCACGCCCGAGUCCAGCGGCCUGGGGAGCAUCCCGCGGCCCUACCAGUUCUGCCUCCUUCCCCGCUGAGCCCUGCCUCCCAGCCCCCCCCGGCUGCUGCCCCCCUUCGCUCCCCAAUAAAGGGACCUACCUUUCGCCAGCUCGCGUGCCACUCGGUGGGUUUUCCUGAAGGGCUGUGCAGGGAAAAGCCCCAUAAUGCCCAACUUCAGCCAGGCUCAGCGAGGCCACAGGAGCGGUCUUGCACCCCCAACUCUGAAACCGUCCCUUAGGGGAUCCCCGUUCGAUGCCAGCCCCCCUUGCUUCCCGCCAUGAGCUCUGCCCAGCGAGUCCAACCGCGCUAGACUCCGGGGGUGAGAUUUGUCCACUCGUCCGGGAGCGACACCAGCUCCCCGAGCGUCCGCAGUGAGGCCCAGCCGCCUUUUCAAAGCAGACGCGGGUCUAGUAGUCACCUGGGACGUCGCACAGAGCUUUUCAAACCUUUGGCAGGAUGAAGCUGGGUUAAAGACUUCUUUGCACUGCCUGUGUUGUGGGCCCCGUGUAUCUCAGAGCAGCCUUGGGGCUGCUCUAACUAGAGAUGGACUUUUUCCCUCCCCUUCCCUGGUGAAAAUUUGACAAGGGGAAGGUGUGAAAUGUGUCAUCAAAAUUUUCCCACAGAAAAGUGUGAUUUUGGGGAGGAGGGGAUCAAAACCAGAAAUAUAUUGAGUCAGGAGUGCCUCAUGGGAGUUGUAGUUCACGUGGCUCAUGAACCCCAUCUCCUCCAUAGGCCAGCCUCCCCGGGAGGACUACAUUUCCCAUGAUGCACCCUGGUGUUCCCCUAUGUGGAGAAGGAAAAAUUUCAGCCAGUCCAGGUUCGAACUCACGUUCUGCCGCCCACCAGCCCUUGGGGAAGCGGUGAAUAGAUAUAGGGCUGUAUGCAGCCCCCUACACCAGGGGAUGGGAGAAGACACAUGGACCAGCCCCACAUAAGAAGGGAGUCCUAUGGGGCCAUCUCUGCCCACCCUGGCACCCCCUGGGUGUGCGGUGGGAAGCUGACCUCUCAAGGGCUUUGGGCUUCUGGCCGAGGCUCCAGUGAGCAGAGCUGGGUGGGACUUUUUCGACAAAUUGUUUUUUUCCCCCAUUGAAAAAUGCCGAUUGGUCCAAACAAUUGGUAAGGCAGGGUCGGGUUUGACGGAU